GUGGUUACCGGAGAACCGCGGGAAUUCGGACGCCGGCGCUGCUGCUACGUCCGCUGCCGACGUGAUUUUCCCUUUCCCCGGGAGAGUCGCGAGCUCGUCGGCGCGCCCGGGACGUGAGCCUGACGAGGGCUCCGGCGCGACGCCAUGGAAGUAGUGGAGGCAGCCGCCGCUCAGCUGGAAACUCUGAAGUUCAAUGGCACCGGCUUUGGGGGUGACCAAGGUCAGGCAGCGGUGUCUCGGGGUUCCAGUGCUGCCCCGGAGCCGCGGCCACCCCUCCAGUCGGAGGGGACCCCCGACACUGGGCAGGCCACGGAGGCUCAGCCUGCGGAGGAGCAGCAGCCGCAGCCCGCGCGGAGCCCUGUAGCCCCCGAGGGCCCGGCGCUGCCGGCCGAACCGACGCCCGGCGGGACUUGCGGCCCCGGCCCCGCGGAGCCGCCCCGGACCUCGGACCCCCUGGGAACCUCGGACUCGGAUUCCGACAGUGAAACAGAUUCUGAUAGUUCAAGCUCCUCCUCUUCCUCAUCAUCUUCCUCAUCAUCUUCCUCUCGUGUAUCACUUCCUCCAGUGCUAUCAGAUGGAGAAGAUGAUUUACAGAUUGAGAAGGAAAAUAAGAGUUUUCCACUUAAAACAAAAGAUGAGUUACUUCUUAAUGAACUACCUUCUGUUGAAGAACUCACAAUUAUUUUGCCUGAAGAUAUUGAAUUGAAACCUCUUGGGAUGGUUUCGAGUAUUAUUGAGCAAUUAGUAAUAAUUGAAUCUAUGACUAACCUACCUCCAGUUAAUGAGGAGACUGUAGUUUUUAAAAGUGAUCGACAGGCAGCAGGAAAGAUAUUUGAGAUAUUUGGACCUGUUGCACAUCCAUUUUAUGUGUUACGGUUUAAUUCUUCAGAGCACAUUGAAAGUAAAGGUAUUAAAAUAAAAGACACUAUGUUCUUUGCGCCAUCAAUGAAGGACUUUACCCAAUAUAUAUUCACAGAAAAACUUAAGGAUAGGGGAUCAGAUGCUUCAUGGAAGAAUGAUCAGGAACCACCGCCAGAUGCCUUAGAUUUCAGCGAUGAUGAAAAGGAAAAAGAAGCCAAACAGAGGAAAAAAUCUCAGGUUCAAGGUCGGAAAAAAUUCAAAUCUGAAUUUAAUGAACAAGGUGAAGAUUUUGCAGAAGUACAUCAGAAUUGGAAUGCUCACGGCUCUGCUUUAGAGCCCGCCAAAGGAUUUCGCAACAGAGAAUUCACACGAGGAUUUUCCUGGGGCAGAUACCCUGGACCUUGUCAUGGCAGACCCCCACCUCCACAGUUUUAUAACCCAGAGCAUGUGGUAUCUCAGGAGACUUUGGGAUUUCCACCUCAGAGACAAGAUAAUCCCAUCAUGCCACAGUAUCCCUUUCCUCCCCCUCCAGCGUUUGACAUGCGUAAUUUUUCACUCCCUCCUCCCCCACCACCUCCACCUCCCCCACCUGCACCUUUAAACGUGGGUUGGGCUCCUGCACCUCACAUGGUAGCUCAUCCGGUAUUACCCAUGCCAUACUCACUCCCCCCACCCCCUCCACCCCCUCCUCCACCCCUGCCUCCACCCGCUUCUUCUGGAGACAGUAAUUCUCAUUUUGGGCCAUACUAUUAGGUGAAUUAGGUGAAUGUAUGCAUUUCCAGAGAAAUGUAGAUUUUUAAUAUUGUGUAAGAAGGACUUUUUUUUUAAAACUAGAAUUUACAAAACUAGAUUUUUAAAACACUGUAAAAUAAUAAAUGAUUCCCUCACUUAUAAGUAUAUAUAUAUUUGUAACCUUAGAGAAAAUGUGUCUGUAUGAAAACUUCACUUCAAAUUCAUGGAGGGAAAAUUCAAAUGUGUAAUAUUUAAAACUGCAUCUGUGCUUUCCCCAUCCCUGCCCAGUUAAAUAAAGCAUACAGGUCAAAAAAUAGAUCUGAAGGAACUUUCAUCACAGAUUCAACCUACUAAGCUCAUUGAUUGACUUGGUAUAGUUGAAAAUAUGAUGUUAAAGUCCUAUUCAAGUCUUUAAAAUAAACUAUUUUUGCAAACUUUGGAAAUUUGAUUAUAAAAUUCAAUUUACCAGUAAAUUUAAGUGUCUUAAUUUUUUUUAAAGCAAGUAAAGCAAAGAGAUGGAAAGCCUUACAAUUAGCAAAAACUAUGACUAUAAUUAAAAAUUUGUAAUUAUUAAUCAUAGUAAGUUUUCAAUUAUAUAUGCAGAUUUUCAUUAUUUGGAUACUAUUUGGCAGACUUUACCAUUUCACCACUUACAGGGGUAUAGAAAUUGUUUACAAUGAAGUGUUGUUUAUUCACAAAAUGUAUUUAACUCCUAUUAGGAGUUAGUGAGUUAGGAGUUAGUCUAUUAGGACAUAGUGUCUUCCAUGUCUGUUACCCAGAUUCCCAUAUGUGUGGCACCGAUUAGGUGCUUAGUGUUUAUCAAAUGACUGACUGAAUUUAGAGUUUUUGAUUAAAUAACUAGUGAGCAUUUUACAUCAUGAUACGUAAAUAUAAGAAAAGUUCAGAACUUUAGAAAUAGAAGCCUUAAGGUGUCAUCUAAACUGGUCCUCAUUUAAUAAAUAUGGAAGAACCUAAGGAUUCCAACAAAGAUAAGGCCACUCAUUGAGAUGACAAGGAUAUUCUAGUUCUCGAUUCUAAGGUCAGCACUUUAUACUGAAUUGGUGCUUUUCCAUCUUUCGUUCUGUGACACCCUCAUGUGUUACAUUUUUUAAAUUAUUUCUUCAGUUGUUUUUGCAGCUUCUCUGUGAAGUUAUCUUCUUUGAUGAUCCAGUCGUCUCCUGUUUGAAUGACCAUAAGUAUUAAGUGAGAUGAUAUCUAACAGCCUGAAAAAUAACUUUCUGCAAGAAUGGGAAAAGUAAGACUUUGCCAUCCAGUUAUGGAGAAUCUACAACCUUUUUUAAUCGCUGUGGUGUUUAGGGAGUCUUUUAAUCCCUAAGUACUGGUAUCUGACAGUAAAUAUUUAACACAACAGCUGAAUGAUACCAUUUCAUCUCUACUUUCAAUAAAAUUCCUCCCUUAAACACUUCGGUCCUAUUUGCCAUCCUCCCUUAUAGUUUCUAGGUUACCUAGAAAUUACCUAUAACAAACACAUAAGCUUGUUAAAAAUGCAGAUUCUUGGGCUUUAUCCUCAGAUGUGAAUUCGGUAGCUGAGAUGAGACCUAGCCAACUAUGACAGAUGCAGGUGCUCUUCGUAGGCAUUGCUUGUUCAGCCCCAGACCACUGCAAUAAAGUGAAUAUCGCAAGAAAGAGAAGAGUGUCACCAACUUUUCUGUCCCCUAGAGUCUUGAAAAGUUAUGUAGUCUUUAAGUGUGCGAGAACAUUGUGUCUUCAAAAGCCAAUGUAUGUAUCUUUCUUAAAUGUGACACAGACCCUAAGUGAGCAUGUGCUCUUAGAAAAAUGGCAUAUUAUACUUGCUUGAUGCAGGGUUGCUGUAGACCUUCAAUUUGUAAGAAAUGCAGAAUCUGAGGCACAGUAAUCAAAAUUAAGUGAGAUAUGCCUGUACCCCCAGGGGAUUAACUUCAGGAUUUAUUCUUGGUCUGUAGCGAGUUCAGGGUAAAUAUGCACAAGCUUGCUGUCCAUCUUCUUUGGACCUUGAGGGAGUUCUGUUGGGUGAGUGGUAAUGAUAUGAGAGUAGAUAGAAGAGAGAAAUAAAACCAUAGCUGUUAAAAUGUAUCUAUAGCUUCUCACUUAGUUGUCAGAGCUGUAUUUUGUCUACUACAUCUAUGUUUGGAGUUUAAGAGGAGGAUGCCAAUCAUCUCUAAUUUUGGAAGAGAAAUAUUUCUAUUUUCAUCAUCUCCACCUUAAUCUUAUCAAAUUUUUUUAAAGAUUUAUUUAUUUAUAUGUGUACAGGAGCUGGGGUUCAGGCCAGAGAUGGGGCGGAGGGUGAGAGGAUUCACCAGAGACAGAGUGGGGAACAGAACAGGCAGACUGACUGAGAUACACUGCUGAGGGGAGCAGCGGGCAAGUCAGGAGAGGUCUGCUGCGCCUUGUGGGGUGCUCCCUGACUGGCCGGGUGCUGCAAAGGCUGCGGAUUGCUUCGUAGUGCGGUGCUUAACCCCUUGUGCCACCAGGGAGGACCUCUUAUCAAUGCUUUUAAAAUUGUGUUGUCCUAGAUUUUUAACUGCCACAUAGUAUGGAGUAAAUCCAAUGUUGAUGUACUCAAAUACCUUUAUACUAGCCUCUUCCUACAAUAAUGUAAUAACAUUCACAUGAUUGAAUGUAGAGAGUAUCUUUCCAUGUCUACAGUUGUAAAUUUGGUGAGGUGAUAAUUAAAAUUACUCCCUAAGCAACCAUCUUUGUUUUACUAAGAUCAACAACUGUCUCCUCUCCCUUUUAUGGAAAAGACAGUGAGGUCCAUAGUAAUUGGAUUAUCUGUCCACUGUUAGAUAUUGAAAGAACUGGAUUUGAGAUUGUACAUUGGAGACCUGGAACAGAACAUGCAGUUUCAGGAUUCACCAAAAGUCAUUUCUUAAAGUCCAUGUUGUGAGCUCAUGUAUAGUUAAAUACCAGAAUGUAUGCAUCACUUUGAUUAGUAGACCCUAGUUAAUUCUUCCAUAUCUAUGUCCAUAUAAUUGGCCUUGGGGAUGUGUAAGUAAUGCACAGUGACAGGGGCCUGCGUGCAGAAGUCUGUUGGACAGUGAGGAAUGUAGAAUGCUUUCCCUUCCUCUUUUCUAGCCCACCAAUGAUUUACUUUCUACCCCCUCCUCGACUCUUAUGCUGCUUUUUUUAUUUCUUGCUUAGAGCUGGUGGAUAUUAAGUGCAUUAAAAAUUUCAGGAUAUUUGAUGAAUAAGAAAUGAGUAGUGUCUGAGUUCCAGUCUAUUGUAAUUUUAACCUACUUCAUAAAUAAGAGUUAGUAUUUAAAAUCUCCAGGUGCUUAGAUCUUAGUGUAUUUUUAAGGACAAGGUUUAAGAUAACAAAGUAUCAUUGAUACAUUUUUUAACAAUAAUAGGCAUUUGCAUUUAAUUUUAUAAAUUCACUUUUUUUUAAUCUAGUGCAAGGUUUUAUUUUGCAUUUUAUUACACUUCAAUCAAUUACUCUAAGCCUUUUCUGGGUUGAAAUUAGACAUCUCAGCUAUAAAGUAGCUUCUUAUUGGGGACACACUUUGAGGCCUUAAAGCAGUACUAAUGAAGUCCUUUUGUUGUGUGAUGUCAAACUGAAAAGUUUGCCUGGCUUUGUGAAAGACCCCCCAGAAUUGCAUACAAUUUGAUAUUCAGCUAUGUUUCUCACAGUAGGACUACAUAGGCAAUUUAUUUAUUUUUUUAAUUGAAGUAACAUUGGCUUAUAACAUUGUGAUUAGAGAUGUAGGAUCUCCCCCUUCAUGUAGCGUUACUACUCCACGCCUGACACUGCAAUAGCCACAGUUCUCCAUAGUCCAUUGUGCUUCCUUCCUACUUUCCUCUCCCUCUCACACUGGCAGCCUCAGUUCUGUGGUCAGAUUUCUAGGAUUUGUCACUGGUUUGGCUUUAUUUGUGCCUUUGCUUUAUGUGUCUAUAUCGCAUGUAUAAGUGAUACCGUCUGGUGUUUGUCUUUCUCCUUCUGAUUUCUAUAUUAACAUUUCUAAGACAAUAUAAGUAUUUGGUUUCAGUGCCUUCUAAUUCUUCUAUACAGUUUCCCAUUAUUGAGUUUUAUUGGAGAAAAAAAGCAUCCUUACCCCCUCCAGAUGACACAAAUCAGGGAACUUAAGUGCAGAAAGAGAAAUAAUCCCUUAUGUCUGUUUCUCACCCUUUCCCAGUCUGUUUGGCUAAGGUACCUGAGAUAAACUUGAGAAAAUUCUAUACUUAGCGUGCUGUCUUCACAUACUCAGGCUAUUUAGAAAUAGUCAUGUCCUUCUAUAAUUAAGUGAUAGGGAAAACAGUAUAUUGUUAAAUACAGGAUUCCUUUUAAAAAUGUUAAAAACUAACAUUUUUGCAGAGUGACUAUGUGUGUUAAUAUAAUACGCAUUCAUAAAGUCUUCACUCUGACAUUUCACAUUUGAUAGCAACAAUAAUGAGUUCUGAGGUCUAACUGUUGUAUGAGAGAAUACUUUUAAUAGGCUAUAAACUGGACAAUUUUUUUAAAUUAUGAGAUUUCAUUGUCAGAUAAUGUUGCCACUACACUAUGGUUUAAUGCAUUCAUGGUUGCAAAAGAACAUUUGUGUUCUUUUCUGUAGAUAAAUUGCCAAUAUUCCAAAAGUUUUCUCUACUUUUUCUGAAACCCAGUCUGAUCCUAAAUUUAUGUAGCAAUUAUGUUCCAGAAAACCAAGGAAACAGUUACUAUAGUGUGCCUGAAAUUAAAGUUCAGAAAUAUCUUCUUAAUACCAUUCAUCAGACCAAAGCACUUGUUUUGAGCUACUAGCAGCAAUGAAAUUACAUCUCAUUUUCGACUCUGCACUCUGUACCCAAGUUGUUAUCACUGGUGAAUGAGACAUGUACAAUUACUUAGUGUCCUGGAAAGGAGGUACAAAUUGGAAUUGGUAUAUCAAAAGGUAAAAUAAUGAACAUAGCCAAUGAAGAAAACUAAGUUGUCUUCUGCACAGUCAAUAAAAAGGCAUAUGCUUCAUAUAUGUGUAUACCCCCUUAUAUGUGGGUAUGUGAGUGUGCGUGUAGAUGCUUGUACAAAAAACCUGAUAGUUAUGCAUGUUUUGGUUGUUUAGUACCCUUUAUUUCUACUCAUAAGGGUGGGAAUAAAUAUUACAUUAGCUUGUUUUGUGGUUAGUUGCAUUAUACCAAGUCCCCCAAACAACAAACCGACUUUAUAUGUUAAGAACUUUCUAUUGAUGGGCCUCCCCUGUGGUUGUGAAUCUGCCCGCAGCCUUUGCAGCGCCGGUUCGAUCCCCGGCCGCCUGGCGAGGGUCCCACAUGGCGUGCAGACCUCCAGCCGCCUGCUGCUCCCCUCAGCAGUGUACUUCGUCUGUCUGCCUAUUCUGUUCCCCGCUCUGGCUCUGGUGAAUUCUCUCACCCUCCUGCGCUUCUGACUGUACC